AUGGCAACUAAGCCCGGCGACAUAGAGGCCUCAAAGGAGGCCUCUAAGGCAGCACAGGAAGCGAACCUGGAAGAUGUGGGCGAUGUGCCGGAUCCCGAUGAGGACGAUCUGGACGACCUCGAUGGCAUGCCUUCGACGACAUCAGCUCCAGCUACAAAAGAGAAAGCCGCAGCGGCCGAGGAUGACGUCCUCUCCGAUGACGACUUUGCGAAGCAACUCCAGGCUGGAAUGGCCGAGUUAAUGGGGGAGAUGGAGAACUCGCCGGAGAUGCAAGCCCAGUUCGAGAGCAUAUUCAAGGAACUCGGCGCCGCAGCAGCAGCUACUACCACCGGCGAAGCCUCGUCAAGCGGCGCGGCGCCGGGCACAGGGUCCGCCGCGAAUCCGCAGGCAUCAUCGUCCAGUGGGGCGGAUGCCUCGUUCCAGGACACGAUCCGCCGCACGAUGGAGCGCAUGCAGACCUCGGGCGACCAGGCCACUGCCGCUGCCCAGAGUGAAGGGUCGGACGACUUCAUGGCGGAGCUUCUGAAGCAGAUGCAGGCGGGCGGCCUGGGAGAGGGCGGCGUCGAGGGGAGCGAGGAGGAGUUCUCCAAGAUGCUCCUGGGCAUGAUGGAGCAGCUGACUAACAAGGACAUCCUGUACGAGCCCAUGAAGGAGCUGAACGAUAAGUUCCCUGGAUGGAUGGAGAAGAACAAGGACACCGUUUCGGAGGAGGACAGGAAGCGCUAUGAGCUGCAGCAGGGGUUUGUCAAGGAGAUAGUAGCCAAGUUUGAGGAGAGUACAUACUCGGAUUCAAACGCGGCAGACCGGGAGUACAUCGUGGAUAGGAUGCAAAAGAUGCAGGCUGCCGGGUCACCGCCGGCAGACCUAGUCGGUGAUAUGCCCUCCGCACAAGACGCCUUGAACGCUCCUGACGCAGAAUCUUGUAACCCUCAAUGA